AUGGAGCUGAUGCCCAUCUUCAAAAAGGCCUACUGGGCACUAGCAGCCGGGGGCUUGGUCUAUGUGCUCUUCAUCUACGCGCUGACCUUUUCUGCCGUCCAGCGCUUUUUCCUCUAUGCCAACAAGGUCAACCCAACCUUAUGGCAGGAUGUCAACCAUGUCGAGCCAUUCGGCUUCCUGAGAACCCAAGUGCAGCCGUUCAAUCUGCAGACCCCCGACAACGAGACGCUGUACGGCUGGCAUCUUCUGCCGCUACAUCUCUGCCGACAGCAUGAGCAGGAGCUGGCCGACCACCCACCCAAUGGCACAGCAGAGGACUACGCACAAACUGUCGCUUUUGAUAUCUUAGCCAAAGACCCGAAUGCCCGCGUGGUCGUGAGCUUUCAUGGCAACGCCGCACACCUGGGCUCGGCGCAACGACCAACAAUCUACAACACCAUGCUCGCCCUCUCCACGCCCUCGAACCCCGUGCACGUCUUUGCGCUCGACUACCGCGGGUUCGGGGUCUCAACCGGCUCUCCGACGGAAGAAGGCCUAAUCACCGACGGCGUGUCACUGAUCAACUUCUUAACCGCUGGCCCGCUGCGCAUCCCGCCAUCCCGCAUCGUGAUCAUCGGCCAGAGCCUAGGCACAGCAGUGACGGCCGCCGUGGCCGAGCGAUUCGCCUUUGGGUCGCCCGACCCAGCAGCCAUCCAGCCAGCCAUAAAGGACGCGGAGCCCUUCGCCGGCGUGAUUCUGCUGGCGUCGUUCAGCAGCCUGCGCGCGCUGAUCGAGUCGUACAGCUUCAAGGGCCUGACUCCGCCUAUGCUCUCGCCGCUGGUCGGGUAUCCGCGGUUCCAGAACUGGGUCCUUGGUCACAUCGUUGACCGGUGGGAUACGGCGGCGAGAGUGGCGCGCUUGACGGGUAUUGAUGCUCCGGAGCAUGAUGAGGAGGGGCGGAAGUAUAAGACUAAAGACUUGGACCUGACGAUUGUGCAUGCUUUGAAUGAUUUCGAGAUCCCCUGGUAUGAAGGACGUCGUGUCUGGGUUGCUGCGACGGGUGAGAAUGUGGACGGUGCGCCUGGGGCUGUGACAUACGAAAAGGCCGAGCUGGGUCGGCGCAGUGAGGUGAAGAUCUGGGAGAAUAAUUUCACUCGACAGGAUGGGAAGAAGGUUGUGAAGAAGGUCCGGUGGGAGCGGGUUCGCUAUGGAGGCCAUAACCGAGUCGCAACUUUCUCUGUUGCCGGUCUCGCAGUCCUGCGGGCUUUCGAAGAGUAG